AAAAUGAAAACAUUUUAAGGAUUAAAUGACAUUUUUGUUUAAAAAAAUCUAUAGUAUUUAUAGGAUAGAGAGUCUCGAAAUAUGAUUCAUGUUUAUAGUGUGAUGCGUGAAAUAAAGGUCGGUAAACGAACUGAUUAUUUUGGAGGUAAUAAGAAUGAUUUGGUUUAAUCCUUUAAUCGACGUUUAAUUUGUAAUGUUCGUGUUUUAUUUGUGAUCAUGGAAAGUCCUAUUAUUUAGAAGCGGCACGUUUACUCCAACCAACAAGGCGGCGCUGCUGCUCAUGUGACAACCAAACUUCAGGCCCAGAAGAAGAAGAAACACUGUUCGUGUUGCUGUUGUUUAUCAGGCGUUUUUAUGGUUUCACUUUUAAUAAAUUUAAUGGAUAAUUACAGCUAAAUAUCACAAGUUAUGGCGGUGUUUCAGAGAUUCCAGCGACUCCAGACGGUGCAGUUGGCUGCCAGGUGGCUGAAACCGCAAACUUGCAACAAGGCUGUUCACAAAACCGUCACUGAAACGGCAGAUCGACGUGGGCACGAUGCCGCCCCGACUCGCCGACCUUUCUCUCGAGUCACAACCGAAGACAUCGGCUUCUUCAGCGAACUUCUCCCGGGAAGGACCGUCACAGACCCGGAUGUGUUGGAGGCCUGCAACGUCGACUGGCUCAAGUCAGUCAAAGGUAGUAGUGAGGUUCUGUUACGGCCCCAGACGACAGAAGAGGUCUCUCGGAUCCUCAGGUACUGCAACGAGAGGAACCUGGCUAUAAGUCCUCAGGGUGGGAACACGGGGCUGGUGGGAGGCAGUGUUCCCGUGUUUGACGAGAUCAUCCUGUCUACUGCGCUUAUGAACAAAAUCCUCGCCUUUGACGGCCUCUCGGGGAUUUUGACGUGUCAGGCGGGUUGCGUGUUGGAGAACCUGUCUCAGUACGUGGAAGAGCGUGACUUCGUUAUGCCUCUGGAUUUGGGGGCAAAGGGCAGCUGCCACAUCGGGGGCAAUGUGUCUACCAAUGCGGGUGGCCUUCGCCUGCUGCGUUACGGCUCCCUCCGAGGGACAGUCCUGGGCCUAAAAGUGGUGCUGGCUGACGGCAGGAUUUUGGACUGUCUGGCGAAAUUGCGCAAGGACAAUACGGGGUACGACAUGAAGCAGCUGUUUAUCGGGUCUGAGGGAACGCUUGGGGUGAUCACCGCAGUGUCCAUCCUCUGUCCUCGCAAACCCAAGUCUGUAAACGUGGCCUUAUUAGGCUGCUCAAGUUUCCAGAACCUUCUGGAGACAUUUCAGAUCUGCCGUGGAAUGCUGGGAGAAAUUCUUUCGGCUUUCGAGUUCCUAGACGCCUCGUGCAUGAGCCUCGUGGAGAAACAUCUCAAGCUCAUCAACCCCAUCACUGAGAGCCCUUUUUACAUCGUCAUCGAGACGGCUGGAUCCAACUCUGCCCAUGACGAGGAGAAACUGCACAGCUUCCUAGAAAAGGUCAUGGCGUCUUCGCUGGUUGCAGACGGUACCGUGGCAACCGACGACGCUAAAAUAAAGGCUCUUUGGUCUAUUCGAGAGAGGAUCACCGAGGCGCUACGGCACGACGGAUACACGUACAAAUACGACAUCUCUCUUCCCCUGGAGAAAAUCUACGAUCUGGUCACCGACAUGAGAGCGCACCUGGGAAACCGGGCGAGGAACAUAGUGGGCUACGGCCAUGUUGGUGACGGCAACCUUCAUUUGAACGUCACGUCUCCCGCCAAAGACGCAGCACUUCUGGCAGCCAUCGAGCCCUACGUGUACGAGUGGACGCAGAAGUGGCGGGGAAGCGUCAGCGCCGAACACGGCCUCGGGCUCAAGAAGAGGAACUACAUCUACUACAGUAAAUCCCCCGAAGCUGUACGCCUCAUGAAGGACUUUAAGACCAUGCUGGACCCUAAAGGCAUUCUCAACCCGUAUAAAACACUUCCUGAUGAUGGCUGCUAAAUCGGUGUCAAGUAAAUACAAGUUUCAAGCAUUUUA